AUGUCCGUAAACAAGACUGUACCCACGACAGAAGCUUCUGCUGCUGCCUUAGUGUCGGUCUCUGUCAUUGUAACGCCUCUGCUCCCAAACCCUGUGAUAUCUCUUCCCAUGCCUGUCCCCAUGCCUGUCCCCAAGCUUGUACCCAUGCCUGUACCCAUGCCUGUUCCCAUGCUUCUUCCCAUGCUUGUUCCCAUGCCUACUCCCAUUUCUUCAUCCACCUCCAUACUCCCCCUCAUGGCCAAUCUUCUAUCCUCGUCAUCCCUCCUCUCUGCUCCAUCCCAACUUGUCUCAUCCGCUCUCUCUUCAUCCUCUCUAGAAGCACCACUACCCUCUAUAGGCUCUGGCCUGAUUUCCGCUCCCCAAUUUUGUUUUCUCCCUUCCCCCUCCCUUUUCCUCUCUUCCCCUUCCCUUGUCCUCCCUUCCCCCUCCCUUUUCCUCUCUUCCCCUUCCCUUGUCCUCCCUUCCCCCUCCCUUUUCCUCUCUUCCCCUUCCCUUGUCCUCCCUUCCCCUUCCCUUUUCCUCUCUUCCCUUUCCCUUGUCCUCCCUUCCCCCUCCUUUGUGCUGCCUUCCCUCUCCCUUAUCCUCCCUUCUCCCACCCCUCUCCUCCCCUUUCCAUCCCUUUCCCUUGAUCUUCCCUCCUCUUCCCCAUCCCCUGCCCUUAUCCUUCCUUUUCCCGCUCUGAUUCUAUCUCCCCUUUGGUUUAUACAGUCUUCGUCUGACUGGGGUCCUAACAAAUUCAGCAGGCGAGGAGAAGGAGUGCUUCUGGGUAUUGCAUCAUACCUUACCGAGUAUGGUUCUAGCACUGCUGGUAUUGACUGGGCGGCAGCAAUGAUAGUGUCUCCAAACGAUGCCGUCCGGAACCAGAACCUGCCGAGGCCUUGCCACCUGGAGGAACCUCAGUCAUUGCCGCCCAGCACCUGGAGCCGACGCCUGCUGACGUGGCAACGACAGGUGAUGAUGCGGCCUGACGUGUGUCAAGGAGAGGGAAAGCAGUUGGAAGAGGCGGAGGGGGAAAGGGUGGAGGAGGAGGAGGAGGAGGAGGAGGAGGAGGAGGAGGAGGAGGAGGAGGAGGAGGAGGAGUAG